AUGGGAUCUCGAACAAAAUUUAAAGUCGAUACCGAUAAAGAAACAAGACCGGAUAUUACAUCUGUUACAGUUGUACCGUCAGAAAAAAGUCUGGUGUCUCAAACAGGCUCAAAUUUUACUGGGUUGCCUAAACUUCGCGUGCUUCGUCAUCCCGUUGGGCCGACUGCACUGCAGACUUAUCCAGAUCCACUGCCGGGACCUACGGCGGAGCCCAAAAUCAAAAAUGACCAUUCCUCAAGAGGUUUUACAGGAAUUGGAAUGGUGGGAGCUUGCGGUUCGCAAAGCGACGCCAAUUCACAACCCUCCGAUAACAGACUUUUUAGUCACGGAUGCAGCCAGUUACGGCUGGGGAGCCAUAUUGAACAACACAACAAUGGCGGGAGUUUGGGAUCACCACCAAACAUCUUGGCACUCGAAUCGGAAAGAACUGCAUGCGAUUUACAAAGCACUAACACAACGAAAAAACCAUUUAAAAAAUCGAUCGUUGUUGAUACAAUCGGACAACCGAACAGCAUUAUCCUAUUUAAAAAACCAGGGGGGUACCAGGUCAGUGGCCCUUCUACAAGAGGCCCGAGACAUUCUACACUUGGCAAGUGUUUACAACAUUCAUCUCGUUCCACAAUACCUCCCAGGAUCCCUGAACGGUUCGGCGGACCGUCUGUCAAGAAACCGCCCACUACCCGAAUGGCACCUACUCCGUUGUGCGGCACAGCCUGUGUUUCGUGUAUUCGGUCAUCCACAAAUCGACCUAUUUGCCUCCAAGAAUGCACAUGUUGUAAACAGGUACUGCACGAUGGACUUCCUAGAUCAACAGGCGGAAUUUUGCAAUGCAUUCACCCAGGAGUGGAACUACCGCCUGGGCUGGAUAUUCCCACCACCUUAUCUGGUUCCCAAGAUCCUUAUCCACCUCAACAAGUGUCAAGGUCAGUACAUACUAAUAACUCCCAGAUGGGAAAGGACCUUUUGGAUGCCGGAUUUGAAGUCCCGAGUACUUCAAGGUCCAAUCCAAAUAGAGAAACUCAAGGAAACCCUAGUCGACACAGCCACGAUGAGGCCUCCCCCGAAGAUAGACAGUAUAAUUUUGGAGGCUUGGUUGGUACAGGCUGGGAAGAUCUCUUGAAAGGCUGGUCAGCAAAGGAGUUGGCUUCAUAAAUCUGUUAUUUCAACAUUUUGUGAACCUCAUUUAAAAUUUAAACUUAGUUCUGAAUUACUAGUGAAGCAGGUCUUAAAAUCAGUUGCUAUAAGUAAACCUAAGAUGGUUCAGUCUCCAAUAUGGGAUCCCUGUGAACUAGAACUUUGGUUAAAUCGUAAUCCUCCUUCUAAUAUCACUUUGUUUGAGGCAUCCAGACGGUGUGCAACUAUUCUAUUAUUGGCCUCAGGCCGUAGAGUGCAUGAUUUAACUUUAUUAUGUAUAAACGAAGAUAAUUUUAAUGAUAAUGGUGAUUAUAUUGUAUUUUGGCCCUUAUACGGCUCUAAAACUGAUAAACCUAAUUAUCAACAAUCUGGUUGGAAAAUUAUGAGAAACUUUGAUUCAGAGUCCUGUUGUCCUGUAUUUUGGAUAAGACAUGUUAUUAAUUUGAGUAAUGAAAAACGUGGUUCCCACAAACAUUUAUUUUUAACAACAAAUUCAGAAGUAAAACCUGCCUCCCGUACAGUCAUUGCUUCUUGGGUUAAAACUGUUUUUCGUGAUGCAAAUGUAAAAGCCACACCGGGGAGUACUAGGGCUGCUGUAGCUUCUCUAAAUUGGUUAAACAACUUACCCCUAGAUCAAAUUUUAUCGAAAGGUAACUGGCAGCAACCUAAUACAUUUCUAAAAUAUUAUAAAAAAGAAAUUAGAAGAACAAAUAACCUACCCAAGAAUCGAUUAUCCAAUUUAUUUAACCCUCUUUAGUUAGUUAAAUAUUAGUAAAGUAUUCUGAUUAAGUUCUGAAUAAAUCAAUCACUAUGUACAUAAGUUGUAAUAUGACUUUCUUAUUGAGGUACUUACUUAACUAUAAUAUUUCUGUAAUACUGAUACGAUUUGUAUUAUUAUUUGUUUAAAAUAGAUUUUUGUUAUUAAUUCUAUUUUAGCUCUUUCAUUCAUACCUAUACUUACCUGCUACCUGUUAGUAUACCUACCACCAGGCGAUAACAAACAGAUCUCAUCUUCUUCCCGGACGAGGCGAAGGGAGCAUAAUAGAACAAUUUUACCUCGCAAUAAAAUUGAUAUUAUGCUCCUGAAGCCUCGUCCGGGACUUUGAAGGCUGCCUGGUGAAGAUGAGCUCGCAAUGAGGGCGCGGCCGCCCAGCAACUAGUUUUAUACAACGCGCCGGCCGCCCGCCAUACCUGCCUGGGGUGACGUAUGUAUGCACAGAUAUUUCUAGGUAUAUCCGCACUGACUGACAGCUGUCAAAUCACAAAAGAGACUGAUAUCAUGAGGGAAACAGG